AUGAGCACAAUAAAGUGUUUUUAUAACCUUGGAUGCGUGUAAAUCGAUUGAAUGUCACCUCUAAAACAAAAUUGGGCACGUUUCAAAACCAUAAUAGGUGCGCUUAAUUAGCGUAAUGAAGCGUUAUAACGCUGAAGUGAGCGCUGUGCCCCUGGUUCCCCUAGCGCGUCACCGCCGUAUUACACCUUCCUCCCACUUCCACACGGAGCACUGCCCCCGCUGUUAUUCCUAAUGUGGAGAGCCCAUUCCGCCGCCGGGGCUUCCCAACCGGGCUCGAUUCAACACCAGCUGUACCUGGGGAUUACUACCUCCACUCUGACACCGUCGUUACACGGCGUACAGAAACGCACGCGUCGGAAUGCCACGCUUCGGUAAAGAUUGAUGGCUGGGAGCCUCCAGGCUCACAUCCAAGAUUGACACUCGACAGCGCAUACUCUACGCCAAUCUCUUGAGCGAGUUCCACUUUCUACCAGAUAAAAACGCCCACAAGCUCCUGAUACAUCUGCCCACCGCCAAGCCGAGCAACAUACAGGACGCCCUCAGCCAAUCGCUGGGGCAGGAACGCGUUACCAUGGACACCGAGUCCACCUACUCCGGCUACUCGUAUCACUCAGGCCGGUCGAGAGGAUCCCACAGACAUGGAGAGCGCAGCAGAGAACGACACAAGUCUCGCAGUAAAGACAGCAGUCGCUCGGAGAAGUCCGUCACCAUCAACGCUCCUCCUGCAGAGCCCCUGUUGGGAGACCAGUCCAUGCGAGGAGAUGAAACACAGGAUGACAACUGGGGCGAAACUACCACUGCGAUCACAGGCACUUCAGAGCACUCGCUCUCACAGGAGGACAUUGUGCGCAUUAGCAAAGACCUAGAUGACAGCGUGGGUCUGGACUGUAAACGCUAUUUAGUCGUCUCGUUCUCUGUUAUCUUGAGUCUGCUGGUGCUCCUGACGCCACUCGCGUUCCUCAUCCUGCCGCGACUGCUCUGGCCCGAGAGGCUGCGUGCGUGCGGCACGGCGUGUGAGGGCCUCUUCAUCUCCGUAGCGUUCAAGCUGCUUAUUUUGUUGCUAGCCAUGUGGGCGCUGUUUUUCCGGCCGUCCAAGGCCACCAUGCCGCGCAUCUUCAUUUUCCGAUCCCUGCUGGCCAUGCUGGCGUUCCUGCUCGUGCUCUCCUACUGGCUGUUCUAUGGAGUGCGCAUCUUGGACACACAGGAUGAGGAUUAUCAGGGAAUCGUGCAGUAUGCCGUGUCCCUGGUGGACGCACUGCUGUUCAUCCACUAUUUGGCAAUAGUGCUGCUGGAACUGAGGCAGCUGCAGUCCUGCUUUUCGCUCUGUGUCAUGCGUUCUACAGAUGGAGAGACACGACAUUACAACCUGGGACAGCUCAGCAUCCAGAGAGCAGCUGUGGCCAUCUUGGAGAACUACUACAGAGAUUUCCCAGUACACAACCCAGCACUUCUCACGGCCUCCAAAUCGCGUGCUGCCAAACACCUGGCUGGCCUCAAGGUCUACAAUGUGGACGGUCCAGGAGGCAAUAACGCCGCUGCAGCAGGAAUCUCUCAGUCCCAGUCUCGCGCCAUGAUCGCCGCCGCCGCCCGCAGACGAGACUCCAGCCACAAUGAGCUGUACUACGAGGAGGCCGAACACGAGAGGCGUGUCCGUAAACGCAAGGCCAGACUUGUGGUGGCUGUGGAAGAGGCGUUCACACACAUCCGGCGCGUGCAGGAAGAGGAACAGAAGAAGUCUCCCGGAGACGUGAUGGACCCGCGCGAGGCGGCACAGGCAAUCUUCCCAUCAAUGGCACGAGCGCUGCAGAAAUACCUGCGCACAACGCGACAGCAGCACUGCCAUAGCAUGGAGAGCAUCCAGCAGCACCUGGCCUUCUGUAUCACACACAACAUGACACCAAAGGCGUUUUUGGAGAGCUACCUGACCCCAGGCCCGACGCUGCAGUACGGACGCGAGCGCUGGUUCGGCCGCCAGUGGACACUCAUCAGCGAGGCGUCUGUGAACAGCGGCCUCAAGGACGGCACUGUCUUCCUGCUCAAGUGUGUAGACUUUAGCUUGGUGGUCACCGUUAAAAAGAUCCCCUACAUCAGGCUGUCUGAGGAGUUCAUCGACCCCAAAUCACACAAGUUCGUCCUGCGGUUACAGUCGGAGACUUCGGUGUAGGACAGCCACCUGUGGUAUCGUCUCUUUUUACGCUCAUUCACUUGUUUUGUUUUGUUUGUGUUUUUGAUUAAAAAAAAUUCUCAGUUAUUUGGGGAGGGUUUGCAGUUUUAUUAUGUUGUCUUUUUUAUAUAUAUAUAUAAUAUAUACAUAUAAAUCUAUAUACCACAUAUUUGAAUAUAUUUCCUUAUUUUUUCCUUUGCUUUGUUUGCUGAUGAUGUUGGGUUGUGCACAAAGACACAAAUACGAUGAUGGAUAACAUGACGCAAGACUCCACGUUCUUUUUCUAAAAAAAAUUAAAUAAAAUAAAAAGACAAUUCAAAGAAAAGAAAAGAAGAAAUGCACUCAUAAGAGCCCAGUGGACCACUCGUAACGUCGGACGUCCCGAUUUUUCUGCCAUUAUUCUCUAUAUAUAGCUCUGACGGACCUGUUCAGGCACAACGCUGUCAAUCAGAGCAAACUCCUCUGGACCGGAUCCCUCUGGAUAUCCAGCUGUUGGCAUCAGAGAACUCCCAGAAUGCUCCUCUUUCUGUCGCAGAAUUUGGAGGUUCAAAAUGGAAACUUUUUUUUGUUUUGUUUUUUCUACUGUAAGUGCAAACUAAGUCUUGGUGCUCUUUAAAUCACAUUUGGUUUGUAUUUCUGCUGAUGAGAACACAACAUAAUCCUGUUUCCCAAUCUUUCCUUUCCACAUAUGCACAAUGUACAGAUGUGAGGUGUCGGUGUGUAUCUAUUGGAGUGUAUUCAGACACGUCGUGUAUUCAGCCGCUCACAAAAUAGGAUUCUAGGUCAUUUGAUGAAAAGCAGUGGGUUUCGUUCUUUUAGCAUUUGUUUUGAUUCGAGCGUUUUGAGUUUUGAGAAUCCAACCCAAAGGCCAGAAACGAGCCGAUUUUCACCAAAAAAAAAGCUCAAACGCUGUAAAUUUCCAACAGGAAGCUGUGCUAAAACUGUAUCAGUGCUUCAACUUUUUUCAAGUAAAGAGAUUGAAUUGUGUUCAGAAAUGAGCUGGUCCGUCCGAGUCCUUAUCAGGUCAUCGACCAGCAUUUAGACGCUGAUUUAAUCAUAUUGUUGUCUAUCAGCAUCGUUAAAGAGUUCAGAUUCAAUAGUUUCUUCAAGGACAGACAUAUUAUCAAAGGGAUAGUUUGACCAAAAGCACUAAUAUGGUUAAUGAAAGUAGCAUAAAGUCAUCAUGCUACUAGGUUUCAUACUGUUAUUUGCCUUUUUUUUUAUUUUUUUUUAUUUUUUUUUUGGUGGAACUAUACUGUUAACAAUCUGAAGCAUGGACUUUGAGGAGGAUAUUCUUACUGACAUCAGGCACAUUUUAGCAGCAGAGAUUACUGUAUCCUGCUCUCCAGCUACUACUUGUCUGGGUUACACAUAUGGCCAAAGAUAAGGACAGUAACUCGUGCUCUAUAUGGUGUUUAAUAAAGCUUACUGUAUGGUCAUUAAGAAAGCACUCCGAAUUAUGUGCUCAUGACUAAACACUAAUCACCCUGAGCUCUCAACUCGGUUGGGGAUUGAUGAGGCUUGCUGAUUGAUAAAUGGGGGAAAUGUCAAGAAUGGAAUUUUACCAAGUUGAUAUCAAAUGAAUAUCCGAGUAAUUUAACAAAAUGUGUAUAACAUUUCAUUUUUUGUCUGAUGCAACCCCUUGCAUUUCAUUAGUCGUCACAUUUAGGAGUGGAACAGUAUGCAAAAAUGAUGGGAUGAUCAUCAUAAAACAUUGCAGUUGCUGGUAUAAAGCGAUACAAACUAACAGUGUUUACAAUCAGGUUUCUUAGUAACCCAGUAAUUCGAGUGAGAUAUCUAACUAAAUGCUGGCGCAUUUGAUAAACAGAUAUAGGAUCUAUUUCAAAUGAAUCAUGUGUCCUACUUCAUUACUGAUGAAUAAACAUAACACGAGGGACGCUACAAAUCCCAGUUGAUUAUUUUCCAGUAAUGGCACAUCCCAAAUUAUUUUAUUCCUCUUUUACCAGUGAUUUGUCAAUGAUUAAUAAUGUUUCUUUAUUAACGAAUACCAUGCUGUACUUUUAAUCAGUUUAUAGUUAUAUUAAUGAUGUGGAAUGUCCAUGAAACGACAUGGGUCCUGUUAUAAUUUAGAUUAUAGCAGCUAUAAACAGUCACUCCAUAACAUACAUAUAUAUAAUUUUUUUAGUUAGUAAGACUGUAAGAUACAGCUUGUCAUGAGAAAGCCAUGAAGACUGUUAGAAAACUUAAAGUUACAGCUGUACCACUGACUUUUACAAAGGCUAAAUAAAUACCAGCAUGAGUUAUUACACACAUUGUUUAAAAAAUCUGGGAA